UUGCCUUUCUCAGUCGUUCGCCAAUAGUCAGACAAGUGAGAAUGCUGCUGGUGCCUACUAUAGUUUGUGUCCUCGUGUUGGGACUUGCCAGUCCAGUGGAGAUCGAAGCGGGAUCCCCCCUCAAAGUGCUGGGUCUGUUUCCCCAUCCCGGAGUCAGUCACUUUCACUUUUUCUAUCCCAUCAUGCGGGGAUUGGCCGAGGCGGGACAUGAUGUCAGUGUGGUGUCCCAUUUCCCCGACAAGAAUCCUGUGGCCCACUACAAGGACUUCCCCCUUUCGGGCAUUGAGAAACUCACAAAUACUGUGGAUCUAAAGAUGUUCGAGAAGCGUACAUUUUACAAUCAUUUUGUAGAGUUCUUUCUCCUGCACGAUUGGGGCAAAGAGGCGUGUAAUUUUACACUAAGAUCAGAUGCUUUGCAACAGAUCCUUAAGCGAAAACAAGGCUACUUCGACGUCAUCAUAAUGGAGCAGUUCAACACGGAUUGCAUGAUGGGUGUGGCCCAUCAACUUCAGGCCCCCGUGAUAGCCCUGAGCAGCUGUGUGAUGAUGCCCUGGCACUACGAGCGGAUGGGAGCUCCGAUUAUACCCUCGUAUAUUCCGGCUCUGUUUAUGGCCCAGUCGCAGGAUAUGGAUUUUGGUGGACGUUUGGCCAAUUGGUUUAGUUUCCAUGCCCUCAACUGGAUGUACAAAUUAAUCUCCACUCCAGUGGCAGAUGCCAUGGUACAAUAUAAAUUUGGACAUGAUGUGCCCUCGGUGGGUGAAUUGGCCAAGAAUACUUCAUUGUUUUUCGUGAAUCAACACUUUUCGUUGAGUGGACCCAAGCCUCUGCCUCCGAAUGUUAUCGAAUUGGGCGGAAUUCACAUACAAAAGGCCAAAGGAUUGCCCGCUGAUCUGCAGCGUUUGCUGGACAAUGCCGAGCAUGGAGUAAUUCUCAUCAGUUGGGGUUCGAUGAUCCGCGCCAAUUCCUUGACCACAGCCAAACGGGAUGGCAUUGUGCGAGCCGCAGCUAGACUGAAGCAACUGGUGAUCUGGAAGUGGGAGAACGACACUCUGCCCAACAAGCCGGAUAAUAUGCACAUCAUGAAAUGGUUGCCACAGCGCGACAUUCUCUGCCAUCCCAAUGUGAAAGUUUUCAUGACACAUGCUGGUCUCAUGGGCUCAUCGGAGGCGGCUUAUUGUGGGGUUCCAGUGGUGGCCACGCCCAUGUAUGGCGAUCAGUUCCUUAACGCAGCUGCCUUGGUGCAACGUGGCAUGGGCACCUUAUUGAACUUUGAGGAUAUCAGCGAAAACACAGUUAUGCGGGCACUGAAGAAGACUUUGGACAAGAGCUUUGCUGAUGCUGCCAGGACGGUUUCCUACUCCUUUAAACAUCGUCCUCAGCAGGCCCUGCAAUCGGCUUUGUGGUGGGUGGAGCAUGUGGCCAAUACUGGAGGAGCUCCCUUGUUGAAACCCAGUGCCGUCGAGAUGUCUAGAUUCGUCUAUUACUCACUCGAUUGCUAUGUGGUGGUUGGCCUUUUGCUGACCAUCAUUAUUGGCAGUUGGAUCUCUUUGAUCCAACGUAUUUGCGGCUCAAGCUCAUCCAAAAAGACUAAAAAGGAUUGAUAACUUUUGUAUCAUUUUCCAUUCUUCUAUGUAUGUAUGUGAUAUUUUCUAUGUUACUUGUAAGAGAAUCUAAUGCCACUUAUAUCAAGUGUAUCCUUUAGCUUUAUCCUUCCUGACUUUCAUAUACGAAUAAACUGUGAACUGAUGGCGCCCA